ACAAGCAUACUUAAAAAGCAUAAGAAGGGGGAUACCUUAAGCCAAUUUUGUCAGCUACCAUCCAACCAACCCACCAAGUAUCAUUCAUCUAUCGCGGCUAAGUUUGCUACGUUCAACAAGUUUUUUUGAAAAUUAGUUCCACCGCAGGCAAGCAGUCAUUCUACCCUGACUAAUUCAACAAUGAUUCCCAGCACCGGCUUCACUUCUCUCCUGGCUCUCUUCCUGGUCAUUGGCACCAGCUGGUGCAGCAUGUCAGGUGCAACCGAACAAAUGGUACACACAUGGGAAGUCAAGGGGGACACCCAAUCCUCAAAAUCUCUAAACUUUGGCAGACAUGUGGUGACAACCAAAGUUGCAUUAGCAGAUGAGGGCAGAGGCACUUGGUCCAUCUGGGUCAACAAUCCGUUGCCGUAUGCUGCGACGAUUGUUCUAUACGUGAACGGUCAGAGACCUCCCGUGCAAGCUACAGUUUCUUUGCAGCCCAACCACAUGCCGGAACGAUACAUGGCCCCAGUCAAAAUUGCCACGGUGAACGAACCCCCACAAACUGUGACUGCGUACUGGAUCAUCAGCCAUGAAACAGCCGAGAACAUCAGAAAGAUGGAACGAUUACCAUCACUUCACUAGCAAUCCGGGGAAUAAUAAACCGCGCCGCAUUACAGCUAACUGGCUACUUGGUACUGACCUCAAAGGCUCAAAAAGGGCAAAUGCUAAAUUAUUAGUGUCAUACAUCUUUAUCAGACCUGCCAUUUCCUCAAAUUCACCAGCUUCCUGCAUGAUUCCAACAAACGCCGAAUUGGUAUACAUAAUCACGUAGCUUCCUUGUUUCCUUUUUAUUUCUCACAUCAGCCUCUGAUAGUUUCUUACUUGGCCCAUGAAUUCCAAGGUUUCACCGCAUCAAUCAAUCCUUAAAUUUGAAUUCACACAAUGAUUGGCAAUUGCUACUCAUUACACGUAUUUUGUCCUGAUCUAGGCUCCUUAUAACUGGUGUACAUGAAUUUGCUAAACUUGCGAGUUACUUGAAUUCGAUAUAAGCAAAAAAAACUGUGGGCAUGAAUUUGCCAAAGCUGUGAGUCACUUGAAACCACCAAAAAAC